UGAAAGCUAGCUUGAUACAUAUACUCUCUGAUCCCAUGGCUGCAACAACACCAACAACCCACACUCAAGUUGUUUCCGGCUGGGCUGCCCACGAUUCCUCCGGCAAGAUCAUGCCAUAUACCUUCAAAAGAAGGGAAAAUGGACCUAAUGAUGUUACCAUCAAGAUUUUAUACUGCGGGAUAUGCCAUACUGAUCUCCACUUUGCCAAAAAUGACUGGGGCAUCACUAUCUACCCUGUUGUUCCUGGGCAUGAAAUUACAGGGAUUGUGACGGUGGUUGGAAGCAACGUGACGAAUUUCAAAAUUGGGGAUCGGGUAGGGGUGGGUUGCAUGGCUGCAACAUGUUUGGAAUGCGAUUUCUGCAAGCAAUCACAAGAAAAUUAUUGUGAAAAUAUUCAAUUGACGUACAACGGCAUCUUUUGGGAUGGUAGCAUCACUUAUGGUGGCUAUUCUAAAUUACUAGUAGCAGAUUAUAGGUUUGUGGUGCACGUGCCGGAAAGUUUGGCAAUGGAUAGGGCAGCGCCGUUGUUAUGUGCCGGCGUGACGAUGUUUUGUCCCUUGAAGGACAAUAACUUGGUUGGAAAUCCGGGGAAGAGGAUAGGGAUAAUUGGAAUGGGAGGAUUAGGGCAUUUGGGAGUCAAAUUUGGGAAGGCGUUUGGUCACCAUGUCACGGUCAUAAGCACAUCCCCAUCCAAAGAGAAAGAAGCUAAGGAGCGUUUGGGAGCUGAUGAUUUCAUCCUCAGCACUGAUGCAGACCAAAUGCAGGCCAAGAAAAGGAGUAUAGAUUUCAUAUUAGACACAGUUUCAGCAAAGCAUUCCCUUGGGCCAUAUUUAGAGCUACUCAAAGUGAAUGGAACUCUGGUACUCGUUGGUGCUCCAGAUAAGCCGAUAGACUUUCUUUGUUUUCCCCUCAUUUCCGGCAAGAGAACCGUGAAAGGUAGUGUGAUUGGAAGCAUGGAAGAGACACAAGAAAUGUUAAACAUAUGUGCGAAGUUUAACAUCUUGUGUGACAUCGAGACUAUUACACCAGAUAAAAUUAAUGUAGCUUUUGAUAAACUCGUGAAGAACGACAUUAAGUAUCGCUUUGUUAUUGACAUGGCCGGCAACCCAACAUCAAGUCCUUAGGCUGUCGGAGUUCUAUUUUGUUGUUGGUGGAGAGUUGUUGUAUUAAUGUAAUUGAAAUUUUAAUUUCAAUGUUAUGAAUAAAAUAAUAAUUGUCGAGAUAAAGGACAAGUCAA